UGCGAAGUGCAAAGAUGGCUCAAUAUAGGAGUAAGCACUAUGGAGCUGCCCUCUGUCUGAUGAUUUCCCUCUUUGUGGGAUCACUGAAUGCCGAGUGUUGCAAGGAGGGCGAGAAGAAAGUGGAUGCGGAUGAUUGCACCAAGUAUCUUGUCUGCUGCCAUGGUGAAUUUGUCUCCAAGUCCUGUGCAAGCGGAGACUAUUGGAAUUCCGAGACGGAGCUCUGCGUUGAAGAUAAUGGAGAGUGCAAUCCGCCAACAUGCCAGGAUGGAGAAAUUGAAGCUAAUCCCGAUGAUUGUGCAGGGUAUUUAGAGUGCAUCAACGGAGUCGUCGUAAUCCUGACCUGCGCUGAUGGAGACUAUUUCAAUUCGACCCUGAAAAAGUGCGUUCCCGACACUUGUGGCGUGUGCGUCAACUGUACCGAAGGAAGCGUUAAGGCCGACCUUAAUGACUGUGCCAAGUUCCAGGAAUGCAUCAACGGAAAGUACGUGUCUCAAUCUUGCGCCACCGAUUAUUACUGGAACCCGGAAAGCAAAAAAUGUGAGAAAGAUGAAGGCCAAUGCAAUGGCAAUUCAACUUGCACAGAAGGAGAACUUGAGGUGGAUCCAACGGAUUGCGCAGGCUACCUAAUUUGUUCGAAUGGUAACUGGGUGAGCAAGGAGUGCCCUUCGGGGUCUUUCUUCAAUGAAACUCUUAAGACUUGUGAGGUCGACUCUGAAGGAGUUUGCGUCAAUUGUACCGAGGGAUCACAGAAACCUGAGCCCAAUGACUGUACCAAGUACCAAAUUUGCUCUGGUGGAAAGUAUGUGACCAAGUCUUGCGAAAGCGGAUACUACUGGAAUAACCAAACACUUCGCUGUGAAGAGGAUAAUGGUCAGUGCAAUGGCAACUCAACCUGCACAGAAGGAGAACUUGAGGUGGAUCCAACAGAUUGCGCUGGUUACCUAAUUUGUUCGAAUGGUAACUGGGUGAGCAAGGAGUGCCCUUCGGGGUCUUUCUUCAAUGAAACUCUUAAGACUUGUGAGGUCGACUCUGAAGGAGUUUGCGUCAAUUGUACCGAGGGAUCACAGAAACCUGAGCCCAAUGACUGUACCAAGUACCAAAUUUGCUCUGGUGGAAAGUAUGUGACCAAGUCUUGCGAAAGCGGAUACUACUGGAAUAACCAAACACUUCGCUGUGAAGAGGAUAAUGGUCAGUGCAAUGGCAACUCAACCUGCACAGAAGGAGAACUUGAGGUGGAUCCAACAGAUUGCGCAGGUUACCUAAUUUGUUCGAAUGGUAACUGGGUGAGCAAGGAGUGCCCUUCGGGAUCAUACUUCAAUGAGACCCUUAAGGCUUGUGAAAUUGAUUCUGAGGGGAUUUGCGUCAACUGUACCGAGGGAUCUCAGAAACCUGAGCCCAAUGACUGUACCAAGUACCAAAUUUGCUCUGGAGGAAAGUAUGUGACCAAGUCUUGCGAGAGUGGAUACUACUGGAAUAACCAAACACUACGCUGUGAAGAGGAUAAUGGUCAGUGCAAUGGCAACUCGACGUGCACCGAGAAUGAGGUGAAAGAAAAUCCAUCUGAUUGUGCCGGCUAUCUGCAGUGUAUAAAUGGUAAUUUUGUUGCCAGAAAGUGCUCCGCCAAGCAGUUCUUUAAUACUACACUCCAGGAGUGUGUCUUAGACACAGAGAACGUGUGCAUUCCCAAAACCUGCGAUCCCGAUUGCUGUGACGUUGCUGACAAUACCAUCUGGCCCGUCGAAAACAAUUGCACUGCAUUCUUCCAGUGUGUGGAUGGUAACAAAUUCGAGCAGACGUGUAGUAAUAAUUUGCAAUAUAAUUCGAAAACGGAGCAGUGUGACUUCCCCGAAAAUGUUGGCUGCGAUGAUGGAUCUGCGCCCCCAAGUGGUCCAAAUGCCGGACCCUCGGGAACGUAUUGCGAGAGCAAUGGACGAUGCCUUGGUAAGCCUGAUGGAACCAUGUUACCCGAUGCCAGCGGUACCUGUAGUUCAGCAUAUAUCGUCUGCCAGUGCGAGUGUGAGAUCAACUUCAGCUGUUCCUCUGGGCUGAUUUACAAUGCGGAUGUCAAGUCUUGCGAUUGGCCCGAUAGCGUUAAGUGCUAAAUCUUUUUAAUAAACAAUAUUUAAUGCAGCGCA